AUGGGCCUGAUGGGUGCCAAGGUGGAGUGGGCGCCCUACUCCAUAACAGUCACCGGCCCCUCUGCUUUCGGCGGGAAGCUGCGCGGCGUCGACCAUGACUGUAACGACAUCCCCGACGCCGCCAUGACCGCCGCCGUUGCCGCCCUGUACGCCGAGGGCCCCACCGCCAUACGCAACGUGUACAACUGGCGCGUGAAGGAGACCGAGCGAAUGGUGGCCAUCGUCACCGAGCUCACCAAGCUCGGGGCCAAGGUGGAGGAGGGGCGCGACUACUGCGUCAUCACGCCCCCCGCGGCCGUCACCCCGGGCGUCGCAAUUGACACGUACGACGACCACCGCAUGGCCAUGGCCUUCAGCCUGGUCGCGUGCGGCGGCGUGCCCGUCGUGAUCAAUGACCCGGGCUGCACCCGCAAGACGUUCCCCACCUACUUCAAGGUCUUCGAGUCGGUAGUGCAGCACUGA